CAGAAGCGUCAUGAAAUCGUGGAAGCUUGCGAUAAAGGCAAAUGGCCGCCGUAGUGUACGAGAGCGGGUUACGUGUAUGAUGUUUUACCGCGAGCAGUUUUUUGACAUACGGCGUGUAAAAGGCGGACGGGGUGAUCGAUCGACGAGAAGCGUGAUGUGAACGGGAAACGUGGGCUCGAACGGUGUUCCCGUGGCCGGCGAUGGACGGUGAGAAUGCCAGUGCGGUGAUGAAAUCGGUAUCGGAGGGUGAGCUGGGCGUGGAAGAGGUUAAAUUAUCGGAGCUAAAGGCAGAAGAGUCUGCCUCGCGUUUGAAGCGUACGUUCACGUUGCCGCGGAAUCCGUUUCGGAGUGCCAGUAGGAUGUUACGGCGACGUCCGAAACAGAAUCGCGAUACAAAGGACGGUAGUAGUGCGGCGAGCACCAAAGACAGGAACAAUAUGCAGCAACAUCAGCAGCAAGUGGAGAGCAUGCAACAGAACGUGGGCCGACUGCAUGGCAGUCAAAGCUAUCCGGAUCGACCAGGCGUGAAGAAAGUGUUCCGAAGGCCCUCGUGGCGGAAGUUUAUUAACAAGAUGGUCCAGCACAUGUCCAACGUGGGCACGCAGAACCACAAAACGUCGCAUAGGGAUGAUUUCGGGUCCAGUGCCGGAGACAUAAGGGUACCACCACCUAGGCCGGCGCACAUACCACCUGACAGGGUGCCAGGGGUCAUAGGUUUACGCAAUCACGGUAACACGUGUUUCAUGAACGCUGUAUUGCAGUGCCUGUCGCAUACGGACAUACUCGCGGAAUAUUUUGUGCUGGACCAGUACAAAGUCGAUCUGUCGAGGAGGAACAAACUGAACUCGAAGAAGUACGGGACAAAGGGGGAGAUUACCGAGCAGUUGGCCCUUUUGUUGAAGGCCAUCUGGAGUUGCCAAUACGACCCGGAAAUGAGCACGGCGUUUAAGAGCGUCGUUGACAAAUACGGAAGCCAGUAUCGUGGCAACUUGCAGCACGACGCUCAGGAGUUUUUGCUAUGGCUGUUGGACAAAGUGCACGAGGACUUGAAUCAAGCCACCAAGAAAAAAUAUAAAAUCAUCAAGAAUUCGUUCGGCAGACCGGAUGACAUUGUCGCGGCGGAAACCCUGGCGAAUCAUGUCCGCUGCAACAAUUCGUUUGUGCACGCGGUGUUCCAAGCCCAGUUUCGGUCUAGUCUAACUUGUCCAAGAUGUCAUCGACAAUCGAACACGUUUGACCCUUUCCUAUGCGUGUCAGUGCCUGUACCGCAAAAUCACCGGCAGAUGAACCUUUUUGUGAAUGUCCUCUAUACGUCGCAACAACCACGGCAAGUGAAGAUCGGCGUGAGCGUGAACCAGACGGCCAAUGUCAGAGAGCUGAGAGAGAUACUGGCCAGCGACACCGGCAUCGACGAGAAUCACAUGUUACUCACGGAAAUUCACGACGAAGGAUUUCAUAGAACAUUCUGCGAUUGCCAACCUUUAUCUGUGAUCACGGAAAACGACCCGCUUUAUUGUAUAGAACUGCCACAAUUGAAAGAGCCAGCGGAGCAAGCGUAUAUCUUACUCGUCUGGAUUAAUGUUCUUGUAAAAGGAGACUUGAGGCAACGUUUUGGCAGUCCAUACACCAUGCAAGUGUCUAGAGAAACGUCGUACGAGGAUCUACAAAAACUUUUGCUAAAGGAGAUGCACAGUGUUCUGGCUGACGAUGUUCUUACUUCGAGUCAGAGUCCUGGAUUAUUUAACAUCCGCGUGGCGGAUCCCGCUGCAACGCCUAUCCAGGAUGAGCAUCCGUGUAUAGAUCCCUGUGUGGAACAUCCCCUUUACACGGAGCAGAUCGAGCAAGCGUUGGCCCUCUGUGCCGAUGACUCCGGCCCUCAGCAUGUAAAAUUAAUUCUGGAGUGGGACGAGGCUACCAAGUGUAAUAUUAUUCAAGACGACAGUGAUCAAAUUGAAGAGCAUGCCAGUGUGAAGCAGUUGAAAACGAAUUCAGAGCUCGGCGGAGCUGUUACUUUGGAAGAAUGUUUCGAUCUGUAUACGAGAGCAGAGAUAUUAGGGGCAGAGGACGCGUGGCACUGUCCGUACUGCAAUAAGAAACAAGAGGUUGUGAAGAAAUUAGGACUUUGGUCUUUACCUGAUAUCUUGGUCAUUCACUUGAAAAGAUUUCGACAACAGUCUAAACAAAGAUCCACGUCCAAAUUAACUAUGUUAGUCGAUUUUCCUUUGUACGGUUUUGAUAUGACACCCCAUCUCGCUCAUAGUGGAGUUCAAACGCAUAACAACGUUAGUAGUUUAGGUGGUCUAGGUUGGUCACCCUGGAAGAAACCUAGACCUCGUCAGCAAAAUAUUCCAAAAUACGACGAAAACGUUUACGAUCUUUAUGCGAUUUGUAAUCAUCACGGGCAAGAUUUACAGGGUGGUCACUAUACUGCGUUCUGCCGGAAUCCGUAUGAUACUCAGUGGUAUUGUUUCGAUGAUACCCGAGUAGAGGCCGUGAAUGAUACCAAUUUAAUAACAAAUGCCGCGUACAUGUUAUUUUAUCAACGAAGGGGAUUGACUAAUAAUUCUGGAAACUCUUCGGCUGCUUCUACAAGCUCAGCCGGGUCUGGACUUGAUCACUGGGUCUCGAAAAUGCCACCGUUUUAUUUCAACAAUAAGACUAAUAACAAUGUUUCCAACAACAAUCAAAGCAAAUCGCAGGAAGUGUUAUGCCAAGAUAAGAUUGUGGAGGAGAAGAACAUAACGAAUUUCAAUAGGGGAUGUCGCAAUUAUGCUACUUUACAACCGAAGAAAAGGAACGUUGCGACGGAAACGGAUAUCGGUCAGAUUGAUCAUUACUCGGACGAUGAAGCACCGUGCAGAAGAGAAUGGGCCUCACCGAAACCUGUUCGAAAAAUGUCGUCCAUUACGUUAAUCCCACAAUCUACGAUAAUUCACAGUGCCAGUAGUGAUCCAGACACAACGAUAAUACACGAGUCGACAUUGUAACACACAAUUUAAGCCAGAUCUCAUCUGGCUUGAGCAACGCUCAAUGUUUAGUGCCUGGGACAUGGUGUGUGAACGAUCAGAAAUAAAUUAGAAUUGGAGAGUAUAAAGACAAUUUUUCGCGAAACUUAAGUCCAUUCGUUUCGUAUCGAAGACUUAAUAUAGUCUGUUUAGAAAAUCUUUCGCUCCGAAUUUAUACAUAUAAAGUUGCUUUUCUUUUUUGUAUUAUCUAAACAUCAACCGAGCAAAGAGCCUCUCUAAUUUCUUUUGUUUUGAUAUUAAAAGGAAAAAAAAUAAAAUAAAACUGUGACAUUAGACGGAUGUUUCCUGAGAAUGUAAGUAUAACUGGAGGCAUUAGUGAUUUUUGUAUUUAUAUCGUGUUUACACAAAUUGCGUGAAUUGUAUUGUACAUUCUAGUUGUUAGAAAACUUUUUAAGAAAAGGACAAAUAUUAUAUUCAGUAUCAAAAACUACGAAUCCCUUAUUUACAAAUUGUCUAUUGUUAAUACUUAGAUCUUCAACGCAAUAGGUAAUUAAUGUUCUACAUAUGUCCAGCAAGAAUGUACGUGUGUCAAAGAAACUUUGUACGCGAUUUUCUUUUUUCUUCUUUUUUUUUUUUUUCUCUCUCCAUUUGCGAUUCAGAGAUCGCAUACGUCGCGUUACAAUGAAACUAUGACAAUAACUGAACCUUGUGCGCAACAAGAUUCACGUAUUACAGAGUGACUUCAUUUUCAAUAAUAAUUCUUGCCUGGACAUACUAUGUAGUCGCUAACCAUUGCUUUGAAUCUAUGCUUAAUUAUAAUAUUUAUAUUAUAUUUGUAUCACCCACUAGUGGCCUUAUCUCCAUAAUUAACAUUGAUAUGUCAUUUGCAAUCAUACAUGCAUACUUACCAUUUCGACGGCGUUUUAUUACAAAACAUUGACAUUAUGUCGUGAAAGCCACCAAAUUAUAUAACGUACUCUUUGGAUUCUGACAAAUCGACGACCAAGAAAAUCCAUACUUCCAUUUUCAAAGUCUCGUUCUUCCUACAAACAAUCGGCGUAAUUAAAUUUUAUCAUUCGGAAAAAUGAGAUAGCGUGUCGGUUCUUAGGAGAGUGGCUUUCUUAAUAUAUCCUUCAGCGAUGGUUUCCUUUCUUUCUUCUCUUUUAUUGUCAAAUACUCUAAUCUCUCAGUUGCUACGAUCAUUCCACUUGAACGUGUUUCUGAAUAGAAGAUGAUGGAAAGCGCGGAAGCAUGAAAGUGAAACAGAUUAUAUACGUACACGUACACAUAUGCACAUAAGUGUAUAAUUUGCGAGUGAAAGAUAUUUAAGUUAUUUUAAAAGUAACAUUUACUGCUAGUCACACGUAUCGUGGACAGGGGGUAGCAAUGUGGGCAAUGUAACGAAUUAGAGAUGCAAUUCAAAUUGAAAGGUUGAAGUAAACUAACGUGAGGUAUGUUCCGGUGUGUACGUAAACAGAUAAACGGUUCCUGCGGCGAUAUUAGGCCAAAUCAAGUGCCAUGAUGGUCCCGGAGGUAUAAUACUCAACAAAAAUUUAAAUAUAUAUUCAUACUCGAUCAGCUGAAAGGGAUCGUUCUCUUCAAAUCUAGCAAUUGAAAGCUUCAGAGUCUUGUAAAUGAAUAAAUCAGUUAUAUAUUGGAUAAUGUGAGUUACAGUAAAAUAACAGAUGAUAUUUCUAUACGUAUUCCAAUUACUGGACUUGAAAACAAACAUCAUGUCAGAUGACCGAGUAUCGUUUAGUUAAAGAUAAAACGUUCCCUUCGUGGCACUUAAUUAACUCUGUGGUUGAAUGAAUGUUGUAAGAUGCAUGAUGGAAACAAAGGAAAGCCGCUACCCGUUCAUUAUUCUAUGAUUUUAGAAUUUUGUGCAUUCACGUUAAUCGACUGAGAGAUACGUUAUCAAUUAUUCAUAUUAUCCGCUGCUGUUUUUUGUUGAAGUAAAAUAGAGAAUAUAUGUAUAUAGAGAUGAAGAAAUGUCAUUCCACUUUGUGCACGCUGAAUUAUAUCAGUGCUUUGAUCUAUGAUUCUAAAUACUUCGCGUUUUUUGAAGUAAUUAUUGUUGAAGCUUGUUACGUUUAAAAGGUAGACAUUAAUUGCCACGCUUUUUAUAAUUUUCCAAGAGCACGCGUGGAACAGUCUCUCGUAUCAAUUGAAA